AUGUCGCACAAUACCCCGAUGAGCUUGCUUCUCCUCAGCGAGAGUGAUUUCAUGAGUGUUUCGGAAGGCAGUCAGAGCCCAAGAACCCGGCUUGGAUCCAAAACCAGUCUUCCUGCAACUCCACUCAAGCCUUCCGUUUUGCGCACCGCCACAGUCAAGUCAAUCAUCCAGCGCAAUCACUACCGCCACGCAAAGGACACCAAUCCUUAUCCCCUACUGGCAACUACUGGAUCGAUUCCUCGGAGCCGGAAAACUGAAUCUCUUUCAAUGGUCCAAACGAUAUACCCUCCCACCUUUACAACCCUCCGUGCAAUUGUUCAAGAACUGGUGGCGAUACUGUUAAAGCAAUUGAUUCUAAAUAAUCAUUCUGGGACCAGUAGCACCUCACCUCCAGAGCUCUUCAACAUUGGACUUAAUAAUUGA